AUGACAGGAGACAAGAAGAGCGAGGCCAAGGACCCACCUGCCGACCAGACAGCGCUAGUAGAUGGAUUUAUCGCUACAAAUGAUCCAGACCAUCCCUUCAAUCUUAUACCAGAGCUUUGUCGACUCUUUUAUCAGCUCAAUUGGGUGACUGGAACUGGAGGAGGCAUCACCAUCAAAUACGACAAUAAAAUCUACAUUGCUCCCUCCGGAGUCCAAAAAGAACGCAUCCAGCCCUCCCACCUAUACGUCCUCCCAGCACAUCCUCCAAUCCAAUUCCCAAUCCCAACUCCAAUACAAUCACCACAUCCUUCCCUAAACUUCAAACCAUCACAGUGCACUCCCCUGUUCUACAAUGCCUACACAAUGAGGAACGCUGGUGCUGUAAUCCAUACCCACUCGCAACAUGCUGUUAUGGUGACCUUGCUGGCUGGAAUGUCUGAAAGGGCGGAGGACAGGAAUGUGUUUAGGAUUACACAUCAGGAAAUGAUUAAGGGCAUUAGGAAGGAGAGUCAAGGUCGGAAUUACAAGUAUUGGGAGACGCUGGAGGUACCCAUUGUGGAGAAUACUGCGGAAGAAGAGGAUUUGAAGGAGAGGAUGGCUGUGGCAAUGCAAAAGUAUCCAGAUUCUCAAGCUGUGCUGGUGAGAAGGCAUGGUGUAUAUGUGUGGGGUGAGACAUGGCAGAAAGCCAAAACAAUGACAGAAUGCUAUGACUACCUGUUUGAAAUCGCAGUCAAGAUGAAGACGCUGGGCAUGGAUCCAGCUUUGAUACCCACUGAUUCAGAAUACAAGCAUGAACAUGAACAUAGCAGGCUAUAA